CAGUGUGUCCUCGCCAAGCUGUGGGUGAAAGAAGGUGCAGUACCUCAGAGACUCUUGUACUUAAAAGACAAAUUUGGGAGAUUCCCACGAUCUGUCUUUCUCAGGCUGCUGAAUCACAUAAUAGGUCUGGCUGAAAUAUGCAUUUUUGCUGCAACUGUGGACUGAGGAUUUUGUCGUCUGUCUGUUAUUCUGGAGAUGUAUUACUGAUGAAUUGACCGCUAACUCUUUCAAUGUACAUAUCAGCAUGUGAUGAUUAUUCUGUAAACUCUCAUCGGCCUCAUCUGUCUCAGGUUUUAGGAUGCGCUCCCUGAGGAAGACGUUGUUGCUCGCCAUCCUGGUGUCUGUGGUGCUGGUACUGGCCCUCCUCCAUUCAUGGCCCACCCGGGGCUACACCACAGUGGAUGUAUGGCAGCGACCAGGGCCUAUAGUAGAGAGGCAUCUGGAGGAGAGGCUCCCAGAACCAGACCACCAAUUAAGCAACAUCCCCUUUCAUGUGAGGGACAAUGUGGCGAGCUUGUUGGCACGUAACGGAUGCUUAUGUGAGGGUGAGGGUGGAGGAGUGAACCUGCCCUUCGCCCAACUCUUAUUCCCGCGGGUGUCAGCUUACCCACUGCACACUGCCUUUGAGGCCUCUGAGCUGGAAGAGAUGAAGAGGAGACGGGCCAAGGAGUACAAGAGUUUUCAGAAGAGGUCACAGUCAUCUGCAGAUGUUCUCAUUAUUGCAGAGGCAAACAAUCCCUUACAGUAUCCAACACAGGGGGUGGAGGUACGACCCCUGAAAACAAUCAUCAUCCCAGGCUUGGCCUUACAAGACCUUCCCAGAGACCAUUAUUCAGUAAACAUCACUGCCACGCUGGGAACGCUGAAUGUGGCAGCAGAGGUAGAUGGGGUGAAAGUCAAAGGUGACGGUGAGAUGCACAUGUCGCUGUCCAGCAGCGUCCUGCUGAACCUGAACCGACAGCUGCAGUUUGUCACCUACACAAACACGCUGUUCCACCCCAGCACAGUGGACACAGUGCAGUUUGAGACAGAGGGGCAUCAAGCCGCCUUCAGUAUAAAGAUCCGUCAUGGUGUAACACCAAAACUGUACAACACAGGAUCCAAAGGAGACUACAAUGUCAGUGCCCUCGUUACUAUAGCUACCAAGACUUUCCUGCGUUAUGAUAAGCUUCAAGAUCUUAUCGACAGCGUGAGAAGAUACUAUCCCACUGUCACCAUAGUAAUUGCUGAUGACAGUGAAAAUCCCAAAACCAUCUCUGGGCCUUACAUCGAGCAUUACAUCAUGCCUUUUGGAAAGGGCUGGUUUGCUGGACGGAACCUGGCAGUUUCCCAGGUGACCACAAAGUACGUGCUGUGGGUGGAUGAUGACUUCAUUUUCACAGCCAACACCAAGCUGGAGAAGCUUGUGGAUGUUUUAGAGAGGACCACUCUGGAUCUGGUGGGUGGUGCAGUGCGGGAGGCCACAGGCUAUACUGCCACCUACAGACAGACUAUAUCCAUUGAGCCUGGUGAAGAGGAUGGUGACUGUUUACACAUGAGGAGAGGAUUUCAUCAUGUCAUCCAAGGCUUCCCCAACUGUGUUGUGACUGAUGGGGUCAUUAAUUUCUUCCUGGCUCGCACUGACAAAGUCCAGCAGGUCGGUUUUGACCCACGCCUCGCCAGAGUCGCUCACCUGGAGUUCUUCAUCGACGGCCUGGGAUCUCUCCAUGUGGGCUCCUGUGAUGAUGUCAUUGUCAACCACGCAACAAAAAUCAAACUCCCCUGGGUCAGCCAAUCAGAGAGCGACAAGAUUUACGCCAAAUUUCGUUACCCACCGGCCUCCUCUGAUGCCACACACACGAAAAAUGGCCUUCUGUUCUUCAAGAACAGAUUUCAGUGUUUGACUCGUAAUUAGCCCCCACUCACUUCGUUACCCUGAACGUUCCUCUGCUCUUCCUGAGUUGCCAAAGAAGUUCUCCUCCGCUGCGCCCCGUCAGAUAAGAUUUUAGACAAACUCUUUUGUUUGCCUUCCCUUGAACACCUUGACAGCGGUUUUCAGGCUUCACUGUAGUAAAAAAAAAAGUCAUUGUGCCAUUAGGGCACAUUUAGCAUGUUUAUUCUAUCAGUGCACUGCUCCACGGUGAGCUAAAAAGUCAAUAUCCAGAAGCCUGAUAUGAAAUUUCAGGCUCUCUUCUG